CAGAGCUGACUUUCCUCAUCAUUGUCGGCUGUACCUCCUGUACUUGAGUACCAUCCGUACUCAUCCGACAAAGUACAGGUGCAACUCGUUUUUCGUAGGGGUCCUCCAUCCUCGACUGGUACCUUCUCUAGCAAACCAGCUGCAAGGCGAAUCUGCACAGUCUUGGAGAUGGCGAGUCGUACGUUGCUCAGCGUUUUGUUGUUUGCACUGUUCGUGAGUGCCGCAGCGCAAAAUGCCACUGACCCUCCGGUCUCAGCUGAAGAUGAAGAUUGGGGUUGGUGUGUGACGACCGAAGGCGACAAUCCUACAUGCCAAUCAUUGAUCACAAUCUUGGCAGACCUCGACCCAGAAGCAACCCACAAGUACUCCUGCAUCGUAGGGGAUGGAGCCGAGGACUGCAUGAAGAAGAUCAACAAUGGAGACGCGAAAUUCGGAGUGUUCGACGGAGGAAACAUCCGCAAGGCGAGCAACACGUACAACCUGAAGCCAAUCCGCAUUGAGAUCACCGGAACCUCGACCGACAGAUACUUCUCGGUUGGUGUGGUGAAGAAGGACAACUGCCCCAGAAACAUCAACGACCUCAAGGGCAAGCGCACUUGCCACAGCGGAUACGGAAGAGCGGCAGGAUGGACCAUCCCCAUCACGUACCUCGUCGACAGCAAAAUCAUUCCCGUCGUCACAUCAGGCCCCGCUCAGAACGACAUCGAGUCCGUGAAGGCAUUCUUCUCCAAGACCUGCGCAGCGUCGAACGAUCAGACCAAGGCCGUGUGCUCGGCUUGCAAGACCACUACCGGGUGCACGCAGGAGGACAUCUACUACGACUACGAGGGAGCGUUCCGCGGCGUGGUCGAGGACUCGUGCGACAUCGCCUUCACCAAGCACAGCAUCCCGAUCGAUUACGCAUCUAACGGCCAGUACGCGCAGACCGGGUGGACUGGGUUGGGCCCGGCCUCCGACUACGCGCUCCUGUGCCCGACGCCGUUGAACGGGGCGUUCUGCACUGACGUGGCCAACUACGCCGACUGCAACUUCGGCAACGCCCCGCCGCACACCAUCUUCGUCGCCAGCGACUGGCCCGCCGUCGAGGUGCAGGAGUUCCAGGCCGUGCUCGACGCCGCCAACAACGACCCCGCCUUCAACGCGCUCCUCUUCCAGGGCAAAAACACGGCCGGCUCCAUCUUCGUCUCCGAUGCCACCAAGACGUUGGCGUACUCCGGCACCGUCGACGCGCUGGUCGCCCCCAUCGAGAAGGCCGCCACCUCGCUCGAGGCCAUCAACGCCGCCAAGCCUCCCGCCGGUGCCGCCGCCGGCCUCCUGCCCUCGCUCCUCGGCGUCGUGGCUGCUGCCACCUCCGGCCUCGUCUUGGCCGCUGCUCUCUAGACAUGAGGAUUUCCGUGAUUGCUUCGGCCCGUGAGAUCUCUUCUAUAUGAGUGUAGUGAUUUUAGUGUGUAUACACUAAAAUCAUUAUAUGCAUUCUUUCGACAGCGUUUUGAAGUGCAGAGUUUUCUAAUUUUACGAUUCCGGGUGACCAUCAGGGCCAUCUGUCGUCUACAUAUAGUCGUCUCGUGUGGGCUCGGAUCCCGCAAAGAUGUGAUAUAGGCUGGCUUGUGGAAUACUGUCACAAGUCCAAACAAGGACCCGAAAGCGAAUUGCACGUCUGCAUCAUUCUUUACAAUUAUCUGUAUGUGCAUAUAGAAACAAUACCAAAACACCCAGGCAGAAGUUAGGAUUUCUGGAAUUGUAAAGUUCCGCUGUUACCAUCUUCGAAUACGAUUUUCAGGCCUUUCUUUUCACUUUUGUUGUUCAGACUUUUGUUGGAGUUCCACAGAACACCGUGUAAUACAAUUCCGCGUUUCAUG